AUGCACCCAGGGACCUGCAGCAGCAGCAGCAGCAGCAGCAGCAGUAGUAGUAAAAAGCAGCAGCAAAUAGCUGCAGCAGGAAUGUCAGCAGCUGCUUUAGCAGCAGCAGCAGCAGCAGCAGCAGCAGCAGCAAACAGUAGCACCACAGCAGCAACUGGAGCAGCAGGAGGAGCAGCAGCAACAACAGCAGCAACCGCAGUAGAAGCAACAGCAAGAGCAGCAGCAGCAACAGCAGCAGCAGCAACAGGAGCAACAGCAGCAGCAGCAGCAGCAGCAACAGCAGCAGCAGCAGCAAACCUUCUACAGCCCUGA